CGCGCGGCGCCGUCUGCCGCGGAGGCAGUGGGGAGGGGUCCCGAAGCCGCCGGAAGCUCCGCGGGUCCGGCUUCCGGGGCGCGCGCGGGUGUCUGGGGGCUCUGUCGGCCCGGCCUCGUGCAGCUCCCGGGCGGCGCCGAGCCCCUUCCCGCGGUCAUGAGCGUGGGCUUCAUCGGCGCGGGCCAGCUGGCCUGUGCGCUGGCGCGGGGCUUCACGGCCGCAGGCAUCCUGUCGGCCCACAGGAUCAUAGCCAGCUCCCCGGAAAUGGACCUGCCCACCGUGUCCUCGCUCCGGAAGAUGGGCGUGAACCUGACCCGGAGCAACAAGGAGACGGUGAGGCACAGUGACGUCCUGUUCCUGGCCGUGAAGCCGCACAUCAUCCCCUUCAUCCUGGACGAGAUCGGGGCGGACGUGCAGGCCAGGCACAUCGUGGUCUCCUGUGCUGCCGGUGUCACCAUCAGCUCUGUGGAGAAGAAGCUGAUGGCGUUCCAGCCGGCCCCCAAGGUGAUCCGCUGCAUGACCAACACGCCCGUGGUGGUGCGGGAGGGCGCCACGGUGUACGCCACGGGCACCCACGCCCUGGUGGAGGACGGGCAGCUUCUGGAACAGCUCAUGAGCAGCGUGGGCUUCUGCACCGAGGUGGAGGAGGACCUGAUCGACGCCGUCACCGGGCUCAGCGGCAGCGGGCCUGCCUACGCAUUCAUGGCCCUGGACGCGCUGGCUGAUGGCGGGGUGAAGAUGGGCCUGCCCCGGCGCCUGGCCGUCCGACUGGGGGCCCAGGCCCUGCUGGGUGCCGCCAAGAUGCUGCUGGCCUCAGAGCAGCACCCCGGCCAGCUCAAGGACAACGUGUGCUCACCCGGGGGUGCCACCAUCCACGCCCUGCACUUCCUAGAGAGCGGGGGCUUCCGCUCCCUGCUCAUCAACGCCGUGGAGGCCUCCUGUAUCCGAACACGGGAGCUGCAGUCCAUGGCCGACCAGGAGAAGAUCUCCCCGGCCGCACUCAAGAAGACCCUCCUGGACAGAGUGAAGCUGGAGUCCCCCACGGUGUCCACGCUGACCCAUUCCAACUCCGGGAAGCUCCUGACGAGAAACCCGGCCCCCGGAGGCAAGAAGGAGUGAGGCCACCAGGCCUCCGAUCCCCGAGGGGCUGUGCAGGGCCGGGUUCGGCUCCCUAGUGUGUAGGGCCUUGUGACGAAUCCUCAGAUGUGUUCAGGCCGGGCCACGCUGGUUUCCCAUCCCGUCUGUGGGACGCUGCUCGGGGGGUUGAUGCCGCGAUCGGAUGCUGGGGGGAACGCUGCUCGGGGGGUUGAUCCCGUCUGUGGGACGCUGCGGCGGUGGGUGGGGGCGGUCCCGAAUCCCGCUCGGCAAGAAGGUCUGCAGACCUGCAGCCGACGGCUCCUUCGGUCACGUCCUCCAGCCGGAGCCCGAGGCAGGGUCGGCCUGCUGCCGUCGGCCUGCUGCCGGGUUGAGGACAGAGAGGUACAAACGUGAGCGGGGCUGUUCGCUUUGAGUUACAGACGGGAAAGGUGCGAGCAACUUAAAAUUGUUCCAAUCAGAAAAGUGCGCAGAUAAUUUAACUCGCCUGUCCUAGGUGUCCCAUGGAACAAAGUGUUCUCUGGUUUGCUGUUUAGUUGCUUCAAUAAAGUUUUAUUUUGUA